AUGGCGGAUCACGACGACCCGACGACGGUCCGCCGCAAUGAUGUGCAUCAGGAGGAUGGCGCGGCGGAGGACCGCCUAACUUCCCUCCCCGAAGACCUCCUCUUCUCCGUCGUCUCCUUCCUCCCCAUCAAGCAGUGCGUCGCGCUCUCGGCCCUCUGUUCCCACUUCCGCCGCCGCGUCCCCUCCCUCACCCCCCGACUCGACACCUUCCACCUCUACGUCGUCGACAAUGUCAUCUCCCAACAGCCCACCUUCCCACGCGCCCUGAUCCGCCAAUGCCACAUCCACUUCCGCGAUGCCGCCUAUUUAUUCGAACGGCUCCGGCGGUUGCUCGUCAAGGACCUCGUCGAGGCGGGCAUCCAAGAUCUCACCCUCGAAGUCUCCGGAGAGGGAUGGAUGAUUGUCAACAUCAGGAAAAAUGGCGGCUUAUUCAGCAUCAAGUCACUGAGGAGUCUCUCCUUGCACAGAAUCUCGGUCCUGGAUAAUUUUCAUGGCCGCCGCCCUCCGCCCAUUGCCUGCGCUCUUCUCACCUCCCCCAAAAUGGAAGAUUGCAUCCUUCUCUGGGAUGAUUUCAUGCGAGCCUUCCUUGCUUCCUGCCCUUUCCUUGAGACUCUGCAUUUCAUCCGUUGCUUCAGGUACCGCACGAACAAACUAAGACCAUCUCCAACCACAAACUCUAUUUUGGUGCACUUUCAACACCAAUUUGGUGUCAUUUGA